AUGCCUCCCGCUUUCACCCACCAGUUCAACAGUGACCUUUUCAAAGGUUCCACCACUGUCAACACUGGCUUGUUCAUCAACGGCAAAUUCGUAGACUCCGUCGAUGGAGCUACUCUCGACGUUUACGACCCCUCGACCGGCAAGGUCAUCACCAAAGUCGCAGCUGGAUCCGCCAAGGACGUAGACCUUGCCGUCCAGGCAGCAAAGACCGCGUUCAAGAACUCCUGGGGGUUGAAGGUCCCCGGUCAGGAGCGUUGUCGUCUCCUCAGCAAGCUGGCCGACCUCAUCGAGAAGAACGUUGACGAGCUCUCUGCUCUCGAGGCCCUGGAUGCUGGCAAACCAUUCCUCCAGGCCAAGACCAUGGACAUGGUUAGUGUCAUCGGCUCCAUCCGCUACUUUGCUGGGUGGGCCGAUAAGAACUCUGGAAAGACGAUCGAGACCACCGAAGCCAAAUUUGCCUACACCCGUCACGAGCCGAUCGGCGUUUGCGGACUGAUUGUCCCAUGGAACUUCCCAUUGAUGCUUGCUAGCUGGAAGAUAGGCCCGGCUCUCGCGACUGGUAACACCAUCGUCCUCAAGCCCGCUGAGGUCACUCCGCUUACCGCGCUUCGCCUGGCCGAGCUUGUCGCUGAGGCUGGAAUCCCCGCUGGAGUCUUCAACGUCGUCCCCGGUGUUGGUUCCGUCGCCGGCCAGGCCCUCACCGAACACAAGGAUGUUGGCAAGGUCUCCUUCACGGGCAGCACACUCAUUGGCCGCAAGAUCAUGGAGACUGCGGCGAAGACGAACUUGAAGCGCAUCACACUCGAGCUCGGCGGCAAGAGCGCGGGGAUCAUCUUCGACGAUGCGGACCUCGAGCAGGCGAUCAAAUGGGCCGCGGGCGGCAUCUUCGUGCACAGUGGUCAGGUCUGCGCCGCCAGCUCGCGCAUCUUCGUCCAGGAAGGCAUCUACGACAAGUUCGUCGAGAUCUUCAAGGGCGCGGCGCAGUCGUUCAAGCGCGGCGACAACUUUGACGCGAGCGUGAAUCAGGGACCUCUGGUCUCGCAGACGCAGCUUGAGCGCGUGCUGGCCUAUAUCGAAUCUGGCAAGCAGGAAGGCGCGAAGCUGGAGGUCGGCGGCGCAAGGACGGGUAGUGCGGGCUACUUUGUCGAGCCGACGAUAUUCACCAACGUCAAGCCGGAGAUGAAGAUUGUCCGUGAGGAGAUCUUCGGCCCUGUCGCCGUCAUCGUCAAGUUCAAGACCGAGGAAGAGGUUAUCGAGCUCGCGAAUGACACCGUCUACGGUCUAUCCUCCAGCAUCUUCACCCAGAACCUCAACUGUGCGCUCCGCGUCGCCCACUCGCUCGAGGCUGGUAGUGCAUACAUUAAUCAAGCAUCUAUUCCUGAUUUCGCGGUGGCCUUUGGCGGUGUCAAGCAAUCUGGCUUCGGAAAGGAUCUGGGAGAGUACGCUCUCGAAUCGUACACCCAAGUCAAGGCGGUUCAUAUCAACCUCGGCCUCAAGCUCUAACUGACGAAAUGUCUCUGUAUACCUGGGAGCCAAGCUUAAACGGAUGUAUAGUAGGGACACAAUAUAUAAGAUGAG